AUGUAUUUAAUUUUUAUUCAAUUGCUAACGAAAUUUUUCUUUCUCCAUUUUUCUGUCUUUUUAUCAUUUUUUGUAUUUAAUUAUGGACAACAACAAUUUGGAUAUUCUAAUAAUAAUCCUUUUUAUUCUUCCUUAAGUCAAUCACCUUUUUCUUCCUUUUCCCCAUACGGGAAGUCCAGUUACUUUUACUUGACCCCUUAUGGUAAUUAUGGACAAAGUGGUUAUGAGGGGCCACCAUUCGGAAUUAAUUCUUAUUGGCAGCCAGGCAUUGCUUAUCCUUCAGGAUAUGGUUAUGGACAGUCAGGAGGAUAUAACCCUUCCCUACAAUGCAUUGACCAAUCAACAACUUGUGCAUUACAAGCAAGUUCAGGCAAAUGUACCUACAGUCCAAACACACUUGCAAACUGUCCAAUUUCUUGUGGUGUCCCCUGUCCAGCAUCGAAUUACUUACCUAAUUAUUACAAUAAUGGAGGAGGGAACCCUUUAUUCCAACAACCACCAAUCCCUUCCUCAACCCAACCUUAUAGCCCCUCAACAACCACUCAAUACAAUUACAACGACAAUUUCUCCACCAAUCAACCUUUCAACAAUCAACCUUUCUUUUGCAGAGAUUCGCACAUUUUUGGCUGCCCAAAUUGGGCAAAAUUAAAUUUUUGCCAAAAAAUUCCGGAAUUUAUGUUAAAUUAUUGUAGAGCAAGUUGUGGGGUUUGCAAUAAUAAUUACCUUCCUUCCCCAUAUAAAACAACAACCAGAAAUCCGUUUAAUCCCCAAAGCACUUUUAUGCCCUUAGGCAAUAAAUAUUUUAAUAAUGAAGAGUUGGAAGGACCUCCAGAGCCUUUUGGAGAACUUUAUUCGAAUGAAUUUUUACAAAAACAGGAUAAUCAACUUCCAAAUAAUUUCUUGCCUUAUUCUCAUUAUUAUUAUUUAAAUUCCCCGUUAAAAGCAGCUACAGAAAGGAAAGAAAAACAAAUAAAAAUGGCAGAUAAUGCAGAUUUUCAGCAAAAUAAGAUUUUAUUCAGCGAGGAUGAACAACAACAACAAUUAUUACAACAAAAUAAUUUACCAACCAAUCAAAAACAGCACCAAUUAACACCAUCACAAAUGCCUCCAUCUACUUUAACUACCCAACAUUCAAGUACUAGCAAAUUAAUUAAAAUGGAUGAUUUAUUAGAUAAUUAA